GGUAGAAUAUUCGAACAUAUCGACGGGAUGAGAAUGGCAAUCACCGUAGUGGCCCUUCUGGUGGCCUCGCUCGCCCUGGUCCGUGCCGGAGUGCCGGGAGUGCGCGUCGUAAACGGUGAAACCGCUACCCUCGGACAGUUUCCUUACCAGGCGCGGCUCACCGUGAACCUGGCCAACGACAAGCGUGCCCUCUGCGGUGGUUCCCUGCUGAGCGACGAGUGGGUCCUGACGGCGGCCCAUUGCGUGCAGGGCGCCAAGUCCCUCGAGGUACAUCUCGGAGCGGUCGACUUCAACGACGACACCGACGACGGCCGGCUGGUGCUGGUGUCCGAGAAGUUCUUCCACCACGAGAAGUACAAUCCGCUGUUCGUCACUAACGACGUGGCGCUGGUUCAGCUUCCGGAGAAGGUAAAGUUCAGCGAGCGCGUCAAGCCCGUUGCCCUGCCGACCGGCAGCGACGAUUACAGCGGACGUUCGGUGGUCGUAAGCGGCUGGGGUCUGAUGGAGAAUGGUGGUGAUGUGGCCCAGAAGCUACAGUUCGCCAAGCUGAACGUUAUCACGAACACCGAAUGCGCGAAGACGUUCGGCCCGCUGCUGGUGAAGAAGAGUACGGUGUGUGCCCGCGGUGAUGAGAAGGAAUCGCCCUGCAACGGAGACUCCGGUGGUCCGCUGGUGCUCGCCGACGAGAAGACGCUGGUCGGUGUGGUGAGCUUUGGCCAUGCAACGGGUUGCGAACGUGGUUUGCCCGCGGCGUUCGCUCGCGUAACCGCUUUCCGUGACUGGGUCAAGAAGAAGACCGGUUUGUAAAGAUUGUAGCAAACUAACAAAGAUCCAAAUAAAACGAUU